AAUUUGCCUAACAGACCCAAAGAAAAGAAGGAAGCAAAGAACAAUUCUCUCUCAAACUUUGACUAACCGUAGGGCAAGGGCUUGGAAGUGGUGUUGUUGUUGUGGAACUGAAUUGAAGUGGAGGCUGAAGCAGAGAAAGAAAGGGUCGAAACGCACACCGUAAAGAACGAAUCGUUGCCGUUUAACGCACACAAAUCCUCCAUACUGGAUUGAAGAACACUAAUUGCAAAUAUGGGAUGGGACACCCACAAUUUUUUUUUGCAGUAGGCCUUUUGCGGUUCUUCUUCACAAGCUGGUUAUGGUUUUCUUCCAUUAUUAGAGCUGGCUAGGAAUUGUAGAAAGCUGUGUACUUUUAGUGUUUUGCAUACCCCACCCAUUCCACAUUCACCCCUUUUGAAUUGCCAAAACCGGCUGAAAACAUGUGGAAAAGAAAAAGAGUUGUUGAGCUAUGGUAUGGGUAUGCAUAUGCCUCUCCAGGACCACCCUAACCCUCAAGUUUCACGCUUUCUUCAAAAGGGCUUCUCGGAAAUUACUAAAGGAAUUGUCGGGAAAGCGUUGCAUGCACUUUGCGUGACAGGUGUAUUUCAACUCAACGCGUUCUAUACAAAUACGUUGAUUAACAUGUACUCGAAGUUUGGUGACAUAAAAUAUGCUCAACAUGUUUUUGAUAAGAUGUUGGACAGAAAUGAUGCUUCUUGGAAUAACAUGAUGUCGGGGUAUGUUCGAGUGGGUUGGUACCACGAAGCUAUGAGAUUCUUUUGCUAUAUGUUUGAAAAUGGUGUCAGGCCAAGCAGUUAUGUAGUUGCUAGUUUGGUGACUGCGUGUGAUAGGUCAGGGUGCAUGACUGAAGGGGCACUUCAGAUUCAUGGUUUUGUCGUCAAAUAUGGUUUCAUGUCUAAUGUGUUUGUUGGUACUAGUUUGCUGCACUUUUAUGGCACACAUGGUUCGGUUUUUGAGGCUAAUAAACUCUUCGAGGAGAUUGAGGAACCAAAUAUAGUCUCUUGGACUUCUUUGAUGGUUUGCUAUGCAGAUAAUGGGCAUACAACAGAAGUUCUAAAUAUUUAUCGUCAUUUAAGACAAACCACGUUAAUUUGUAAUGAAAAUACAAUGGCUACAGUUAUUAAAACUUGUGGAAUGUUUGGCGAUACAACCAUGGGGUAUCAGAUCCUUGGAGAUGUUGUCAAAUCUGGAUUAGACACUUCUAGUGUCUCUGUAGCAAACUCCCUUAUAUCCAUGUUUGGUAAUUAUGAUAGCGUAGAUGAGGCGUCUUGUGUGUUUAAUAACAUGAAGGGACGGGACACUAUUUCAUGGAAUUCAAUUAUUACCGCAACUGCACAUAAUGGUCGUUUUGAGGAAUCUCUAGGACACUUCUUUUGGAUGCGUCGUGCUCACACAAAAACAAAUUAUAUUACAAUAUCAGCCUUGUUACCAGCGUGUGGUUCUGCACAACAUUUGAAGUGGGGAAAAGGACUUCAUGGUCUAAUAAUAAAAUCUGGACUUGAAUCAAAUGUUUGUGUAUGCAAUAGUCUUUUAAGUAUGUAUUCUCAGGCUGGAUCACCUGAGGAUGCGGAGUUUGUUUUUCAUACAAUGCCAGAGAGAGAUUUAAUUUCAUGGAAUUCCAUGAUGGCAAGCCAUGUUGAAGACGGGAAGUAUUCGCAUGCCGUACGACUUUUGAUUGAGAUGCUCAAAACAAGAAAGGCCACGAACUACGUAACUCUUACAACUGCAUUAUCGGCGUGUUAUAAUUUAGAAAAGCUGAAGGUUGCUCACGCCUUUGUGGUUCAUUAUGGCCUACAUCACAAUAUAAUCAUAGGUAAUACAUUGGUCACCAUGUAUGGGAAGUUUGGAUUGAUGGCCGAAGCCCAAAAAGUGUGUAAAAUUAUGCCGGAGAGAGAUGUGGUAACAUGGAAUGCAUUGAUAGGUGGCCAUGCUGAUAACACAGAUCCAAAUGCCGCACUCAAAUCAUUCAACUUAUUGAGAAGAGAAGGCUUCCUUUCAAACUACAUUACUAUUGUCAAUCUUCUCGGUGCUUGUUUGUCUCCUGAUUAUCUUUUGAAACAUGGAAUGCCAAUCCAUGCUCACAUAGUUGUGGCAGGAUUUGAAUUAAAUACGUACGUCCAAAGCUCCCUAAUUACAAUGUAUGCCCAGUGUGGUGAUCUUAAUGCAAGUAACUUUAUUUUUGAUGUAUUGGCUAAUAAAAAUUCUAGUACUUGGAAUGCCAUUCUUUCUGCAAAUGCUCAUUAUGGGCCUGGUGAGGAAGCACUAAAAUUUAUUGCAAGGAUGAGAAAUGACGGGGUUGAUUUAGAUCAGUUUAGCUUCUCUGUAGCUCUUGCUACUAUCGGUAACCUGACAGUACUGGAUGAGGGUCAGCAGCUUCACAGCUGGAUUAUUAAACUUGGAUUCGAGUCAAAUGAAUAUGUUUUAAAUGCUACAAUGGAUAUGUAUGGAAAAUGUGGAGAAAUCGAUGAUGUAUUUAGAAUCCUCCCCCUACCAAAAAGUAGGUCACAGAGGUCUUGGAACAUUUUAAUAUCAGCAUUGGCCAGACAUGGAUUUUUCCGCCAGGCUACAAAGGCCUUUCAAGAGAUGCUUGAUAUCGGUCUGAGACCUGAUCAUGUCACGUUUGUUUCUCUUCUGUCUGCCUGCAGCCAUGGGGGUUUGGUGGAUGAGGGUCUUGCGUACUUCUCUUCAAUGACUACUGAAUUUGGUAUCCCUACUGGAAUAGAGCAUUGUGUUUGCAUAAUUGAUCUUCUUGGGAGAUCAGGAAGGCUUGCUGAGGCCGAAGCUUUCAUUGAUAAGAUGCCAGUCCCACCAAAUGACCUCGUUUGGCGUAGCUUGUUGGCUGCUUGCAAAAUACACGGAAAUUUGGAGCUGGGGAGGAAAGCCGCUGAUCAUCUUUUGGAGCUGGACUCAUCUGAUGAUUCGGCCUAUGUUCUAUAUUCAAAUGUCUGUGCGUCUAACCAAAGAUGGGGAGAUGUAGAGAAUGUGAGAAAGCAAAUGGAAUCACAGAGCUUAAAGAAGAGACCUGCCUGCAGUUGGAUCAAGUUGAAAAAUAAGGUUACAACUUUUGGGAUGGGAGACCAAUUUCAUACACAAACUGCUCAAAUCUAUUCAAAGUUGGAAGAGCUCAGAAAGAUGACUAGAGAGGAAGGCUAUGUACCUGACACAAGCUAUGCAUUGCAAGAUACAGAUGAAGAACAAAAGGAGCAUAAUCUUUGGAACCAUAGUGAGAGAAUCGCCCUUGCAUUUGGGUUGAUCAAUUGUCCCGAAGGAUCGACUAUUAGAAUUUACAAGAACCUUCGUGUUUGUGGUGAUUGCCACUCUGUUUUCAAGCUAGUUAGUAAAAUUGUUGGUAGGAAAAUCACAGUAAGGGAUUCAUACCGGUUUCAUCAUUUCAAUGGUGGCAAGUGUUCUUGUUCAGACUACUGUUUAUUCUUACUCCUUUGUAAAGAGAACAAGAGAAUGGAGAAGAGAGAGGAUUGGAAAUCAAUUGUACCAUAUUUACCAGUGGUGAUGCGUUCUUCCUCUCUAUUUUGGCCGUCCCAAGUGGUGGAGUCUCUCAGAGAACUUGAAUGUGGCCGAGUUGACUCGGGCCGACUCUUAUUCAUCUUCAUGACUGAAAUCAGGAACUCUCUUUCUCUCUCUCACGAGCCUUUAGCCCCUUCCGCUGCACAUGGAUAUUCCCUCUUCUUCGACGAGCUGACGUCGAGAGAGGAAUGUAGGAAGUGGUUUGAGGAGGUGCUUCCAACAUUGGGAGGUUUACUUUUGAGGCUGCCUUCUUUGUUGGAAGAACACUAUAAAAAUGCGGAUAUGGUUAUUGAUGGUGUGGGAGCCACUGUCAGAACUGGUCUUCGCAUGCUGGAUUCACAGCAAGCCGGGAUAGUGUUCCUUACCCAGGAGUUGAUUGCUGCUCUUCUUGCAUGCUCUUUUUUAUGUCUAUUCCCAGUCCAUGACAGAUAUGAGAAACAACUUCAACCAGUUAACUUUGAUGAGCUGUUUGCGAGUCUCUAUGACGAUUACUGUCAAAAACAGGAAAGUAAGAUUUGGUGCAUCCUUCAUUAUUUUCAAAGGAUAAGCUCUGAUAUGCCUAAGGGUGUUGUCUCAUUUGAGCGAAAAGUACUUCCUUGGGAUGAUGAUUCUGUUCACAAUUCUUACCCAAAUGCUAACUUUUGGAGCACUUCUGUUUUACCUCUAUGCAGAUUUGAGGUUCACAGUUCUGGACUCAUUGAAGAUCACCCAAGUGAAGCUAUUGAAGUAGAUUUUGCAAAUGAAUAUCUCGGUGGCGGUGCUCUUCGUAGGGGUUGUGUACAGGAGGAAAUUCGCUUCAUGAUCAGCCCAGAAUUGAUUGUUGGCAUGCUUUUCUUGCCGUCCAUGGCGGAUAAUGAGGCUAUAGAUAUUGUUGGUGUGGAAAGGUUCUCGAGUUAUAAAGGAUAUGCAUCAUCGUUUCGAUUUUCUGGGGAUUAUGUGGAUGACAAAGAUGUAGACGCCCUUGGAAGACGUAAGACCAGGAUAGUUGCAAUUGAUGCAUUAUGUGGUCCGGGGAUGAGGCAAUACAGGGAACAAUUUCUCCUCCGUGAAAUCAACAAAGCAUUCUGCGGUUUUCUGCAGCACUCUAAAUAUCAACAGUAUCAGAAACUACCACAAGAGAGCUUUGACACUGCAACAUCAACAUCUACGGAAACAAGUGAAGGAAAUAAUUCAUAUCAAGAAAUCAGAAAAUUUCAAAAUGAUUAUGAUAUGAUAGAGAAUAGCAAUGAUAUUGGAAUUGCCACUGGAAAUUGGGGAUGUGGUGCCUUUGGAGGAGAUCCUGAAGUAAAGACCAUAAUUCAGUGGCUUGCAGCUUCUCAAGCUCGAAGACCUUUCAUAGCAUACUACACAUUUAGUUCGGCGGCAUUACAGAACCUAGACAAGGUUACAUGCUGGAUUUUGUCGCAGAGAUGGACUGUUGGAGAUCUAUGGAACAUGCUAGCUGAGUACUCAACAAGUAGAUCAAAAGGAGAAACUAAUGUCGGCUUCCUCCGAUGGCUCCUGCCAUCAAUAUAUGCUCAUGGUUCUUCUAGGAUGGAUUAAUUUGCCAAAUAUGCUUUGUUCUGCAGUUAUUUGUCUUUGACUUUUGUCAUUGUUUCUCUUGAAAAAACAGUUGGGACUCUGUUUAUAUUGUUUUGAACCUGUAUAUACAAUAUAUAGUUUGAUUUCGGAGAUAUAAUUUAAAUUAUUCUUUUGCAUAAUUGGACUUGUUUCCUGUGAUUCUAUGAAGCUAGAUCAUACUAUUUAAAACAUACUAUAAUUAAACAUGUUGAAUUGAAUAGUCUAAUACAAAAUCACCAUAUUAUCAUUUAUGUCAGUUUUAUAAAUGUUUAAAAAUAACUAUCAACAAAUACAUGUUUGCUACAGUAUUUCAAACAGAUAGGAGUCCAAGAAAUGCUGUUAGACAUAUGGAAGAUUUCAGUAUAGAAAAGGUAUUUCAUAUAUUUCAAAAAUGUAAUUUAUAAUAGAAUAAAUUCUAGUGAAU